GUGACAGCCUCUCACUGGCCACACUCAGUGUCCCACCGUCACAUUACUGUCUCCCACCCAGGCCAAGUACAUCUCGCAGUGCAUUGACGAGAUCAAGCAGGAGCUGAAGCAGGACAACAUCGCUGUGAAGGCCAACGCUGUCUGCAAGCUCACCUACUUACAGAUGCUCGGGUACGACAUCAGCUGGGCUGCCUUCAACAUCAUCGAAGUCAUGAGUGCCUCCAAGUUCACGUUCAAGCGUGUUGGCUACCUUGCCGCCUCCCAGUGCUUCCAUGAGGGCACCGAUGUCAUUAUGCUGACCACCAACCAGAUCCGAAAGGACCUGAGCAGCCCCAGCCAGUACGACACUGGAGUGGCACUGACUGGUCUGUCCUGUUUUGUCACCCCAGAUCUUGCCAGAGACCUGGCAAACGACAUCAUGACCCUGAUGUCUCACACGAAGCCGUACAUCAGGAAGAAGGCGGUGCUGAUCAUGUACAAGGUGUUCCUCAAGUACCCUGAGUCGCUGCGUCCUGCCUUCCCCCGGCUCAAGGAGAAGCUGGAGGACCCAGACCCAGGGGUGCAGUCUGCGGCUGUUAAUGUCAUCUGCGAGCUAGCACGUCGCAACCCUAAGAACUACCUGUCCCUGGCCCCGCUGUUUUUCAAGCUCAUGACAUCCUCCACCAACAACUGGGUCCUCAUCAAAAUCAUCAAGCUGUUCGGCGCCCUGACUCCUCUGGAGCCCAGGCUGGGCAAGAAGCUGAUUGAGCCGCUCACCAACCUCAUUCACAGCACCUCUGCCAUGUCCCUGCUGUACGAGUGUGUGAAUACCGUGAUUGCAGUGCUCAUCUCGCUGUCUUCCGGCAUGCCCAACCACAGCGCCAGCAUCCAGCUCUGCGUUCAGAAGCUGAGGAUACUGAUAGAAGACUCGGACCAGAACUUAAAGUACCUGGGGCUGCUGGCCAUGUCUAAGAUCCUGAAGACGCACCCCAAGUCUGUGCAGUCCCACAAGGACCUGAUCCUGCAGUGCCUGGAUGACAAGGACGAGUCCAUCCGCCUGCGCGCACUCGACCUGCUCUAUGGAAUGGUGUCCAAGAAGAACCUGAUGGAGAUCGUGAAGAAGCUAAUGACCCACGUGGACAAGGCCGAGGGCACCACCUAUCGCGAUGAGCUGCUCACCAAGAUCAUUGACAUCUGCAGCCAGUCCAACUACCAGCACAUCACCAACUUCGAGUGGUACAUCAGCAUCCUCGUGGAGCUGACGCGGCUGGAGGGCACCCGCCACGGCCACCUCAUCGCCGCACAGAUGCUCGAUGUGGCCAUCCGGGUCAAGGCCAUCCGCAAGUUCGCCGUGUCUCAGAUGUCGGCACUGCUUGACAGCGCCCACCUUGUGACCAGCAGCACCCAGCGCAAUGGCAUCUGUGAGGUGCUCUACGCGGCCGCCUGGAUCUGCGGGGAGUUCUCGGAGCACCUGCAGGCGCCCCAGCAAACCCUGGAGGCCAUGCUGCGGCCCAAGGUCACCACACUGCCCGGCCACAUCCAGGCUGUGUAUGUGCAGAACGUGGUAAAGCUGUACGCGUCCAUCCUGCAGCAGAAGGAGCAGGCCGCCGACACCGAGGCUGCGCAGGAGGUCACCCAGCUGCUGGUGGAGCGGCUGCCGCAGUUUGUGCAGAGCGCUGACCUGGAGGUGCAGGAGCGGGCGUCCUGCAUCCUGCAGCUGGUCAAGCACGUGCAGAAGCUACAGGCUAAAGGUGUGCCGGUGGCCGAGGAAGUGAGCGCCUUGUUCGCUGGUGAACUGAACCCCGUGGCCCCCAAGGCCCAGAAGAAGGUCCCAGUUCCUGAAGGCCUAGACCUGGAUGCCUGGAUCAAUGAGCCACCUUCGGACAGUGAGUCUGAGGAUGAGAAACCCAAGGCCAUCUUCCAUGAAGAGGAGCCCAGGCACGCACGGCGCCGGCAGCCUGAGGAGGACGAGGAAGAGUUAGCCCGGCGGCGAGAGGCCCGGAAGCAGGAGCAAGCCAACAACCCUUUCUACAUCAAGAGCUCCCCGUCCCCACAGAAGCGAUACCAGGAUGCACCAGGCGUGGAGCACAUUCCUGUGGUGCAGAUCGACCUCUCAGUGCCUCUGAAAGUUCCAGGCAUGCCCAUGUCGGACCAGUAUGUAAAGCUGGAGGAGCAGCGGCGGCACCGGCAGCGCCUGGAGAAGGACAAGAAGAGGAAGAAGAAGGAGAAGGGCAAGCGUCGCCACAGCUCCCUGCCCACAGAGAGCGACGAGGACAUCGCCCCCGCCCAGCGCGUGGACAUCGUCACCGAGGAGAUGCCCGAGAAUGCUCUGCCUAGUGAUGAGGAUGACAAGGACCCCAAUGACCCCUACAGGGCGCUGGACAUUGACCUGGACAAGCCCUUGGCUGACAGCGAGAAGCUGCCUGUCCAGAAACACAGGAAUGCUGAGACUGUGAAGUCCCCUGAGAAGGAGGGCGUCCCCGGGGUGGAGAAGAAGAGCAAGAAGCCCAGAAAGAAGGAGAAGAAGCCCAAGGAGAGAGAGAGGGAGAAGAAGAAGAAGGACAAGAAGGGUGAGGACUUAGACUUCUGGCUGUCCACCACCCCGCCACCGCCGCCUGCCGCUGUCCCUGCUCCUGCCCCAUCCACAGAAGAGCUUGCUGUGAGCACUGUCACCCCAGCUAAGGACGAGGGUGAGGAGCUCAAGAGAGAGGAGCCAGAGGACGAGGAUGUGGACGACGAUCGGGAAAGGAAAUCUUCCCGGCACAAGAAGAAGAAGCACAGGAAGGAGAAGGAGGAGAGGCCACGAGACAAAAAGAAAGCCAAGAGGAAGCAGGUGGCCCCGCUGGAGAAUGGUGCGGCGGCGGCAGAGGAGGAGGAGGAGCCCAUCCCGCCCAUGUCCAGCUACUGCCUUCUGGCUGAGAACUCGUACAUUAAAGUGACUUACGACAUCCAAGCCAGCCUCCAGAAGGACAGCCAAGUGACAGUGUCGGUCAUCCUGGAGAACCAGAGCAGCAGCUUCCUGAAGAACAUGGAGCUCAACGUGCUGGACUCGCUCAACACCAAGAUGGCCCGGCCGGAGGGCUCGUCGGUGCAUGACGGUGUGCCCGUGCCUUUCCAGCUGCCCCCUGGUGUCUCCAAUGAGGCGCAGUUUGUGUUCACCAUUCAGAGCAUCGUCAUGGCUCAGAAGCUCAAGGGCACGCUGUCCUUCAUCGCCAAGGACGACGAAGGGGCCACCCACGAGAAGUUGGACUUCCGGCUGCACUUCAGCUGUAGUUCCUACCUGAUCACCACGCCCUGCUACAGCGAUGCCUUUGCCAAGUUGCUGGAGUCAGGAGACCUAAGCAUGAACUCCAUCAAAGUCGAUGGCAUUAGUAUGUCUUUCCAGAACCUCCUGGCAAAGAUCUGUUUCCACCACCAUUUUUCCGUUGUGGAGCGUGUGGACUCUUGUGCCUCCAUGUACAGCCGCUCCAUCCAGGGCCACCAUGUCUGCCUGCUGGUGAAGAAGGGUGAGAGCUCCGUGUCGGUGGAUGGCAAGUGCAGUGACGCCAUGCUGCUCAGCAGCCUGCUGGAGGAGAUGAAGACCACGCUGGCCCAGUGCUGAAGGAGCCCGGCAGAGCAGACGGCCGCCACAGGCCUCGCCUCCUCCUCCUCCUUGUCCUGUGUCCUGUGCCCACCCGGCAUUAAUGUAACGCCCGCCUCCACUGUGUGACCCGAGGCCCUGUGGGGCAUCAACUCUCUGUUACCCUCUUUGUUCUGCCCUUGCGCCCCCUUGGCAAGGAAGGCCAUUCCAACCCAAGCCGGCAGGGCUCCCCCCAGGUUUCCAGCAAACAGCGGGGCUGAUGUGGCCCCACUUGUGUGCCCCCAUGCCGCCUCUGGAGGGACUGACUGGAGGUGUCUGGAGGGGUGCCCGGCCGGCUCUUAGCACCCUUCUCCCCGUCCGCGCGGCCAGGUGGCUGGAGUGUGCUUGUGGGUCAGCUUGGCUGCUGGCAGCAGGGACCGCCCUCUGAUUUCUGCUCUUCAACAGAAUUCGGGGGUCUGUCUGGGGGUCCGUGGAGGGGCGCAGUCCAUGCCCUCAAUCAGUCACUACACAUGGGGUUGUCCCUGCGCUGGGCCACAGCUGGGGAGGCUGAGGCCCUGCAGUGGAGACCGUGCAUCCUGCGAGCACUCGGUGCUCACCAGCCGUGCCCGGCAAGGGGAGCGGAGCCCAGCCUGGCCUCUCCCUUCAGCUGGGUCCUGCCACAAGCCGAGCCCUCCUGAGGUGAUGGUGGCCGUCCUAGGACUGCUGUCACUGAGCAUGCCGAGAACCGUUACCGACCCCACGUGACCUCCAGCUCUAUGAUGUUCCAUGAUUGAUUUGCUGUCGACAUUCCCAUGUGAAGAGAGAUAUCACGCUGCUGACGAUCGGUGUCAUGAUGACCCAAUAAAGAGUCGCAAAACA